UCGGAUGCAGUCUGCUUCCCCAUAGCCAACAACUCUUGGAGAAGUACACUGGAUCCAUAGGCUGGCUGCUGAGGACUUUCUGUACAGGUCCUGGCUAGAGAAAGAUGAGGCUUCUCUUGGCAUUGGCUGUGCUGUUCUCCUGCAGUGAAUUCAUGGUGCAUGGGAGUCUCUUUGAGUUUCGCAAGAUGAUCAAACAAGCAACCGGGAAAAGUGCUCUACCGAAUUAUACCUUCUAUGGAUGCCACUGCGGUGUGGGGGGCAAAGGAAUGCCUAAGGAUGCAACUGAUUGGUGUUGCCUGCAUCACGACUGCUGCUACUCAGAGUUGAUGGCUCAGCGAUGUCAUGUCAAAACUGACAAAUACCGUUACACUUACAGCAGAGGAGUCAUAACAUGCGGUCCAGGCAGCUGGUGUAAAAGGAACAUCUGCGAGUGUGACAAGGCCGCUGCAUUAUGCAUGAAGCGCAACUUAAGGAGCUACAACAAGAAGUAUCGCUUCUACUCCAACAUAAAGUGCACAGGGAGAAAGCCAAGCUUCCUGUGCAGCAGUCAGCUAUCCGAAGCCUGCCUGCUAACGGGAGCAGAUCCAGAGAUCGAUACCACUGAGUUGCUUGCCUGAGUGAAAGAUCCGGGUGUUUCCU